AUGGCCCGUGCCACAACUGAGCUACCCCUCCUCAGCCCCCUCCACACUCAAGCCUUAAGAAACACAAACUCAUACAUUUCGUCACCCAACAGAUCACAAUGGUCCGAAACUAAGGUGACACCCGAGGUCCUCUGGGCGCAGCGCUCUUUUUCGCCGAGAAUUGACCCCGCCGAGAGCAAGACCAGCCACACGGCGCGCGAUGUCGAGAUGAAGCUACGCAAGAAGGAACUCGGCGAGACCUACUGGCCGCGUCUGCUCAAGGACACCAAGAAGGCUCACUUCCUCAAGACUGACUUCGACAAGUGGGUUGAUGAGGACGAGCAGAACGAGGCCCCCGAAGACGACUUUGGUGCCAACUUUGGUGGCCCUGGCGGCAUGGGUAUGGGUGGACUCCCAGGUAUGGGCGGCGGCGACUUCGGCGGCAUCGAUUUCUCGAAGCUGGGCGGUGGCGCCGGCAUGCCUACUGGCGAUGAGGACGAGGACGAGUCAGACGACGACAUGCCGCCACUCGAGGGUGAGGAAGAGCCUGAGAAGGCCGCGAAGGCUGACGAUGGCAAGGAGGCGGUCGCCAGCUCUUAA